UACAAUGACUAAACAAUGUUCGUUUUUUUUAACGAAGAUUGUAUAUGUAAGCAUAUGUUGAAGAUAAUUUUUUCCCAUUUAAUUUGUAGCUGCGCCAAUGUGUGACUGAUGUGUGGUAAGUUAUUAUAGAGGAUUCAUCUUCUGUAACUAAAUUUGCAUGUCCGUUUCUCACCUUGAAGCGUUUCUCAGAACUCACUUGUUGAGUAGGGGGGCCAAGACUAAGAACAGGAAAAAAUAGGAAACUUUGAAGCGCUGUACCCGCCCAAGAGUUGUGACACGUAAUCUGGGGUCUCCUACGCUCCGCGUUUGUGCGCUUCCUGGUUAGAGGAGACGGCAACUCCUGAUUAGAGGGACUGCAUAGCUGUCGGAUACUGACAUCAGAUACCCAACUGACUGGCCGAUGCACUGUGCCCGGGAGGUGGAUAAAGUUUCUAGUUGACUUGACCUUGGAUCCCCUGCCGAGAGCCCUAGCAGCUGUGGCCCCCUUCCGAGUUUGAGGGCGGCGUGGGGGGAGAUGAGGAAGAGGCGGCACCCGGGAAAAGAGGCGGCAUGAAGAACAUGACAGAGGAGGGAAUCAUUAACUGCACCAUCAGUCACGAGAUCCACCAGUACCUGUUUUCGUGGGUCUACAUCCUGGUCCUUCUGAUCGGCUUCCCCGCCAACGUGUACUCGCUGUACCACGCCUGGCAGCAGCUGCGGGCGCGGAACGAGCUGGGCAUCUACCUGCUCAACCUGACCGUGUCCGACCUGCUCUACCUGGCCUCCCUGCCCCUCUGGCUGCAGUACAUCUUCAAGGGCGAUGACUGGGAACACAAGGAGUGGCUCUGCAAGCUCUGCGGGUUCCUGCUCUACGAGAACAUCUACAUCAGCAUCGGCUUCCUCUGCUGCAUCUCCAUCGACCGCUACCUGGCCGUGGUCUACCCCUUCCGCUUCUCCGGGCUCCGCAGCAUGCGGGCCGCCACCGCCGCCAGCGCCUUCAUCUGGCUGAAGGAGGUGGCGGUGGGUGUGGUCUUAUUCCACCGCAAGGAGCUGAGCACGGACCGGACCAACCAGUCGGUGUGCUUCGAGCACUACCCGAUGGCGGACUGGGAGCGCCCCAUCAACUACUACCGCUUCUUCGUGGGGUUCCUCUUCCCGCUGGGCAUCCUCUCGGCCUCGUACUUCCGCGUCCUGCGGGCGGUGAACAAGAGCACCGGCACCCAGAGCGCCCAGAAGACCCGCAUCAAGCACCUGGUGACCAGCACCAUCGUCAUCUUCCUGGUGUGCUUCUCGCCCUACCACCUGUUCCUGCUGAUGCGCACGGUGCUGGAGAGAGCCUGCCCCUUCAUCGAGGCCAUCUUCAACUACUACCACUUCUCGCUCAUGCUCACCAGCUUCAACUGUGUGGCCGACCCGGCGCUCUACUGCUUCGUGGGCGAGUUUGCCCAGCGCGAGAUGCUGUGGGCCCGCCAGGCUUGCAGCCGGGUGCUCUGCUGCGGUCCUGACGCCGCCGCCGCCGCGCCCAGCGGGAACGGGACCUGCGAGGCCACGCCGGUGCAGGAGUCCGAGGAGAUGGGCGUGGUCGCACCAAACAAGGGGCGGGGCGAGGGCACGGACGGACAGGACGAGGAGGUGGAUGACCACCCGUGGGGCAAAUCAGAUCUGGUCUCAGACCAAAGGACCACCAUCUUGUAGGAUUUGUCGCUUUAUUUAUUCGGUGUUCUUUUUUUUAGUUUUUGAAGGAAAAAAAGGGUGUAAAACGUAUCAUU